AUGAACAAUUUUAGCAUAACUAAUUUAAAGUCUCUGGAAAAUGAUAAUGAUGCCAUUCACAAGAAAUAUUUAAUGGAACAAUUAAAUUUAAUUGAAGUUAAUAAAGAACAUUUAAAAGAAAGAAUAAAUGAUGUGAAAAGAUUCUUCAAACGACAAAUGAAUAAUAAAGAUUUUAUUGAUGAUACUAAAUUACAACAAGAAGUAACAAGUUUAAAAAGUUUUAUUCAAAAAGAAUUGGUCAACAUAGUGAACAAAACUGAGUUAAUUUCAUUAAUAUCUAAAUUAGAGGAUAAGAUUGCAAAACAAAAAUUAAACAUUCAACAAUUGAUAGAUAACAUUCCAGAUGAAGAUACAUUUCAACAGGAAUUAAAUGCUCUGGAAACUAAACUUAACAGUGAAUUACAAAAAGACCUAACAAAUAUUAAACAACAAAUACAAAAUAUUGAUAUUGUUAUUCAACAACAAAUACAAAACAUAGAUGAUAGCGAAAUCAAAACCUAUAUUCAACAACAAAUACAAAAUAUUGAUGAUAGUGUUAUUCAACAACAGAUAACCACUAUUAAUAACCUAGUUUUAAAACAGGAUAAAAAUAUACUCGCAUUAGAAAAAAAGUUUCUCAAGAAAGAAUCAUAUUAUUUUAAACUUCCAUUUGGAGUAAUGGGAGUUCAUGAUGAUCCUUCUAUUACUGAUAAUAUUGAUAAAUCAAAAGACUAUGAAUAUAAAAAAUAUGGAUUUACAGCAAAUAUAAGAGUAUAUUCUGUUCCAAAUUAUGUUAUUUACCCCAAAAAUAUAUUUAAUUCAGAUGGUUAUGAUGAUCGUUAUCCAAUAUUUUUUAAUUUCCGAGGAAAACUUAUAAUUGAAAUUAAUUUUCCUUUUCAGUUUAUCAAUGGUACAGAAAAUGUAGAAACUAAAGAAUUAGAAAUUAACGAUGAAAACACCAAGAGAGAUCACUUAUAUGAAAUUAAAACGAGUGGAAAAUAUAUAGAUAGGUUUAGAAUGUUAAUCACACCAGAUAAUGAAGAAGAUGAACUUUCAUUGAGUAAUUUUGAUAUGUUAUUGGAAACGGAAUCUCCACCAUCAGCAAGUAUUAUUAGAAAUCCAAGACCACAAAAAGAAAUAAUCAAUUAUCAGUUUUUACGAGCAACAGACUUUGAAUACGUAAAACUAUAUUUUGUUGUUAAUGAUAUAUUUACCUCAAUUGAUAUUCAUAAAAGUCAACAACAACAAAAUUUUUUAAUAAGAGAUGAUGCAUUUGUUACUAUGUUUUUUAAUAUUGACACUAAACCAAAAUUUUCAGUUCAUCUGAAUAAGAUUAAUGAUUUGAAAGAACAAAUAUCCUUGGUAAAUAUGCAAUUUUUAUUUAAUAAACAAAAAGUAACUUUAUCACAAGUUCACUUAAUUUAA